CACAUAUAUAUAAUUCAAUAAUGGUGGAUCUUCAAACUGUAUGCUGCAUGUGCGGCGACGUUGGUUUCCCCGACAAAAUCUUCCGCUGCAACAAAUGCCGCCACCGCUUUCAACACUCGUAUUGCAGCAACUACUACAGCGAGUUCGCGGAACCGGUUGAAGUGUGUGAUUGGUGCCGAAGUGAAGAAAGAAAUUCAAGACAAGGAAGCACUUCAAAGAAAUCAUCAACGGGUAACGAAGCCGGAAUCCUGAACCGAUCCGAGUAUUCUGAUCAGAAAAUCAAGCAAGACGGCGGUGAUCGCAAAGGAAAGAGCAGUGGGACGCCUUCUCCAAGGCCUAGUACACGCAGGUACAAGCUUCUCAAGGACGUGAUGUGUUAAAAUCCUUGUGUGUUUUAUAGUAGCAGAACGUGUGUAUCUCAAGAAACCCUUGUGUGUUUUAUAGUAGCAGAACCUGUUUUAUUA